AUGUUUACUUUACAUUAUACAGGUAAUGUAAAUAGUAAUACAAAUAGAAAUAAUAGAAAUACAAAGAAGAAUAAUAAAAAUGAUAGUUCAUUGAUGUAUCAAUCGUUUUCAAAUGAUUUGUUCAAUAGCGAACUGAAUGGAAGAAGACAAACAAGAAAAGAAUCUAGAGAUAGAAUGAUCGAACAAAUCAAUCUUGAUUAUAUCAUUCCGAAUCUAAAACCAGACGGAUGUCCAUUUGCAUUAUCAUGGAGUCCUGAUGCUUCUUAUAUAUCUGUUGCAACCAAUGAUUCUGCAGAUUUCUAUGAAUCUAAUACAGGAAAAUUGCUAUAUUCAUUAUCAGACAACAAACAGAUGAUAUCAGCGAUCAAAUGGUUUAAUAAACCAUCAUCUUUCGGUGAUAUCGACGAGCUUCCAACUCACACUCAAAUACCAGCUCACGACAAAAUCUAUACAUCAAGUCUGAACUACAAUAGCUCUAUAAAAUCAGCGUACAACUCUUUCAUUACAUGUUCACUCGACAACACUAUUAAAGUAUAUAGAAACUUUAGAUUAGUAACUACUCUUACUGAACAUAAUGAUUGGUUGAAAGCAUUGGAAUUAUCAUAUGACGAUGAGAUUAUGUUGAGUGGUUGUGCAUCGAGUGGCAUUUACAUUUGGGAUAUGAAUACGGCCACUGUAAUGAGUAGAAUAAUCGAUUCACAUCCAAAGGUCAGUACCAAUAUGAACACUGUCAAUUCAAUCAGCUUCAAAUCGCACGAUAGGAAUAUAUUUGUAUCUGGAUCAAGAUUUGGAUCGGUUCGUAUGUGGGAUUUGCGUACCGACCUAAGCAAACCAAUCUUCCACCUUCAAGCACACAACAAACUUAACAAUGUAAAUUUUACACAAAACGACACUCGUAUUCUCACCUCUGGAAGAACCAACUCACUUCGGCUGUGGGAUCUUAGAACCAUCUAUAGUAAUCCAACCUUUACACAAACCUAUUCAUCUAGUUUCGAUCAUGAACCUGAAAUACAUGAUGGAUUCAUUAAGGAAUAUUUUGGACAUAAAUGUGGUGGAUAUAAUCUUGGUACCAGUUUCAUUAAUAACGAUCGUCAUAUUGUUACUGGAUCAGAGGAUAACUCUAUCUAUAUCUAUGAAACAGAGUCAGCGAAAGUAGUAAAGAAAAUAGCUACACACAAUAAUCCUGUACAUUUGGUAGCGGUACCUGCAUUUGAUGAUAUGAGAAUUGCUACUGCCAGUCUGGAACAAUGUAAUAUUCAUAUACUAUCACCACUACCAAGAGAUUCAGAGGAUAGUCAAAUACUUUAUUCAAAGAAAUACAUUGGAUUGACCGAUGAGAAUAGACCCAGCGAAGAAAUUGCAGCACCCAAGAAGAUGACAGGUCAAGAUUUCCUACAGAGAUUGACCACCGAGAAACUGAUGGCCAAACAUGGUGAUCAAUUAUUUAAAUACUAUCAUUCCAACGUUAUGACACCUGAAGAAUAUGAAAACAAUGAUGGAUUGUUUAAAAUGCUUGCAGAAAUAGAAACAGAUUUUAUUAAAGAUUUGAGAGAGGAAAUCAACAAACUUGGUAAAAGAGUUGGACUAAGUGGACCUGCUAUGAAUGAAAAUGGUGAAGUUGAUAUAAAUUUAAUUUCACAUCUUGAAUCAAGUGGACUAUUGGGUAAUGACGAUCUUGAUUAUGAUUAUACUCCAGUUGAUAAUAAUAAUAAUAAUAAUGAUAAUAAUAAUAAUAAUAAUAAUAAUAAUAAUAAUAAUAAUAAUAAUAAUACACCACCAAACAAUCAUCAUGCUCAUUAA